AUGCCUCAAACCGCUCCACUCUCGAUCAUGAGAAAUAUCAGAAAUAUGCAAAACUUUAUUAAUGUUUUCCUGAAUUAUGGAUACAAUUGGCCUGCAUACGAUCAUGAAUUCCCUUUGCCAAGCAAAAGACUCUCAAAUGACAAGACCAUUAUGGAUGAACUGAUUGCAUUGGGUCAGGCCAUUCAAUUUGAUGCAGCUACUUAUACGGAGUACGGAAAAAGCAUGUACACGACCUACGUUCCUGGUUUUGAAUCGAUACCAGAAUUGGGGAAAACAUUUACAGGAACCCCACAGCCAAGAAAUGUCUCUAUUAUUGAGAUUACGAACUCUAUUCUCAAAUAUACCCAGCAGAUAAUGAAUGAAGAUUUUCCAUAUCCAUAUCUAAAUGAUGCUGUUGACAUGAACAGUCUCAAUACAACACUUGCCAGAGAAGUUAUUACCAAGAUUAUGAAUUCUACAUUUAUGGAAUCUUUUUCAUCAUUUAGUUUCAUGGCUCUCUUCCAAUGUUAUUGGUCACAUGCAAAGAAACUCGUUUUAUUUAGGGAAUUAUUCACCAAUUUUGGCUUGAAGAACUUUGUUGACACCGGCAAUGUUAAAUAUGGGAACAAAUAUUUGUCAGAAUAUGAAAGCAUUGAUCAAUUGUACAAGUUGGUUCGAUAUGAGACUGAUAUGGUAGCUGCAAACUGGAAUGAGCUAAUUUAUGGAGAUGUUACCAAGCCCAAUGAUGAUCCUGUCAUAGGAUUAUAUCCUUCUCUGGACAAGCUGCUGAAGAGUGGUGUUGCAUCCAAUUGUACAGAAUAUUUAUCGUCACACAAUAUGACAUUUAACUUGAACACAAAUAUUCAAUACUGUUUAGGAAUUGAGAAAGUAAUGACCGAUUACCUUACUGAAUCUACUGAAUUUUGUGAACGAACAAGAAAUGUGUAUCUCGCCCAACUCAACUCGUCCCAAAAUUUGGAUCCAACAGAAAUAUUUAUGGAGCAUAAUUUUGUCAGCAUGAUUUCAUAUCCUCUCACUGACAAGCUUGUCAUUUACAUGAAUGAAUUUGUAAGAGUGUCUGGAGAGUUGUCACUUGUGAUGUUACUUAUUUUUAGCAGUUGUGGACUACUUUUGAUCUUCAUUUUUGGUAAAAUUUUACAUUCCAUGCUCAAGAAUGCCACAGAUCAUUAUCAGCAGUCUAGAAUGCUGCUGAAUUAUAUUCCCAUUGAUUUUGUGGAUCGAAAUGAGAUUCUUAGAAAUCUAAUACUUUAUCAUCAAUUUCCUAAUCCAAUCUUGCAAAAGUUUUCAAAUCGCAGAAUACAUCCAGGUAGCUCUGAAGACGAAGGCACAAUCUUUAAGGGCGUUUCUAACAUCAUUAACUCUAACGUUGAUGGAUCAGCGAUUAUCAAUGAACAGGGAGAGGUUGAGCUGUGCAAUCCAUCUGCAUUGCGAAUGUUUGGCCUCUCAAGUGUUGAUAUUUUAGGAAAUUCGAUAUACAGCUUAUUUUCUUCUGGAGAGUCUCAAACUCAAGUCAAGAAAGUAGUUGCCUCUCUCUUUGAACAAAGCAAACGAUCAACGGAUGGGUCAGCUCACGAAACAUUCGAAGUUGAAUGCGUGCGUAGGAAUCAAAGCAAAUUCCCAGCGAGACUCACACUGUUUACAACUCGUGUUUCACAAAGAGGAAUUAUCCUUGUGAUUACCAUCAAAGAUAUGACUUCAGAAAAGAAACAACAAACCUUGUUAAACGAGGAGAAGAAGAAUUCGGAAAAUUUACUAAAGAAUAUUUUACCUGAAGCGGUGGGAAAUCGAUUGAAACAAGGAGAGACGUUCAUCGCAGAAAAGCUUGGAGAUAUUUCUUGUUUCUUUAGUGACAUGGUUGGGUUCACAAAUUUCAGUUCUGGAAUGCAGCCCACUGAAUUGGUAAAGAUGCUCAACAUUAUAGUGAAUGGAUUUGACACCUUGGUGGAGAUGUAUCACUUGGAAAAGAUUAAAACCAUUGGAGAUGCCUAUUUUGCAGUAGGAGGUUUGCAUGGUGCAGCGUCGUCAGAUCAUCCUGAAAGAACACUACGCUUUGCAAUGGACACUUUCAAAGUCAUUCGAGAUUUCAACGAUGGCAAACAUGGAAUCACUUUAGAAGAAGGUCAUUUGUUGAAUAUUAGAGUGGGCAUCAAUACUGGUCGUGCAGUUGCUGGUGUGAUUGGGAAGAUCAAAUUUGCCUAUGACCUGUGGGGAGACACCAUCAAUACAGCCUCUCGAAUGGAAUCGACAGGAGUUCCUGGUCGAAUUCAAAUUUCAAGAUCGACCUAUGAACGAGUGUACGAUCUAGGUUAUGAAUUUGAAGAACGAAUGGUGGAGGUGAAAGGUAAAGGUAAAAUGCAAAGCUAUCUGUUGAAGGCCAAGCAUCACAUCAAUCCCUUACCAGAACACACCAACAACACCAACAACCCCAACAACAGUUACAGUAGUGGUGGUGAUGAUGAUGACUCUCAUUUCAUCCAAAGUAAUGAACAUGAUCAGAGUGAAAACAACAGUUGUGUCAACGUUAACAACCAUAAUCAAACAGAGUUGAGAGAUGCAGAACAGAGUGCCAUGACCAGCUCGUUAGAAUUUAGUUCCGUGAGAGUUGUUCGGCACUGA